AUGGGGUAUCGGAAAAUAUCUCAGCUUUGUGCCGCCGCCGCUGACCUCACCUCGGGUCAAGACCAUGCCUUAACGAUGGCUUCACACGAAGAUGAGCUCCUGGGCAAGAUAUCAGAGAUCGAGAAAUCCCUAGCCGCACUUUCCACCCAGAAAACCCAACUGGUUGAUUUGAAGAAAUCAAUAUCGGAUGAGCUCGACCUACUACGCGCCAGUAGGGCUCACAGUCACAAACAUGGGGCUGUUCAUCCUUACCCAAGAUUGCCCAUGAAGGAGGAGGCAUCAAUGACGGUAAAUCAGGGGGAACAUAGGUCUGUGUUUUUAAUGAUAACUUUCACCAAGGGAAACAUAGGUGCCCUAUAUGAAGUCAAAUUCAAAUACGGGGCAAAAGUUGAUGAUAUAGACGGAAGAGCCGUGCUUGAACCCGUAGUCACGUUCCCUUGUUUUAACGACUGUGCAAGGAUUUUCAGCCGCUCCCAAGUAUAUGUAUUUACAGAGGAUGCUUGCGUUAGGUCAUUCGAUACGAAAACUAGGGAAUUAGAUCCCUAUGUACCUCCUACCUUAGAGUUGAAGCCGAGUGGAACAUUCGUGUCUGCAUAUGACAGACUCUAUUUUCUUGAAGAAGCAUCGCCCUUUGUAGCAGAUCCGCUUCCAUCUUUUGCGAAAUACAAUCCUGAUGAGAACGAUUGGGAGCGAAUGCCUGAGUUUCCAAUUCGUUAUCCUUAUCCUAUGCGGGUAACUGGUUAUGCUGUUUGUUAUGGACUUAUUUUGUAUACACUAAUUGACGGACACGAAAACUCUGAUGUCGUUGCUUUUCACGUGGGUGGAAUGAAUUGGAUUCGAGUGGAAGUUGACACUUGUGAUUAUACUCCUUUCCGAGGGAGGGCUGUGGUUGUAGACAAGACUAUAUAUGCCUUGGAUCUAUUUCAAGUGGAUGAGAUUAUAGCAUUCUCCUUGAAGAUGAACAAACGCGUCGACGGUAGUAUUGCAUACACACUAAUCAAGUUGUGUAAAUUGGACGGCCUGAAGAUUGCGUCUCCACCAUGUCCAUUUGAUGAGCUUGAGAGUGACUAUUUCGUUCAUUUGGGGAACCUAGACUUUUUUCAUGUCAAGACUGGCACUAAUUAUGAAUUUUACAAGGUUCAACAUAUUUGUAUCACCACUUUUCAAAUAUUUGUUCGAGAAGACGGAAUACAUAUGAUCAAGACAUUACAUUCAACUGUUUUUCCUAUGGAUAUCGAGGCUUGUGGCCAGUUCACGCUCACGUUCGGCUUCACUCCAGAGUGCGAUGAUUAUGAACCCAUAAAAGGGGAGAGUGUAGCUAGCAUGAAACAGCCCAAAUAA